GCCAGCUUCCCGCCCAGGAGGCCCGGAAGUUCUUCUUUGGGUAGAGGAGAGAGGGGACGCCAGAGCAGUGGGACUUCUAGGUAGCAGCAGUGUGUUUUCUCAGUAUGCAGCGGUUACUCCUUCCUUCGUUGAAGGCCUUGAUGGGGAGCCGGUGUGUACGGCUCCUGGUUCCUAGAGAGGCUCCCAAAGCACAGUGUGGUUGCAGCUAUGGCAUCAGGCGCCCUCUGAGGCCAGGGCAAUACAGCACCAUCACUGAAGUGGCUUUGCAGUCUCAAAAGGGUACAGUGUCCCUUCCCACAAAGGCUGCUGACCGAGUAGUGGGCCGAUGGCUCCUGGUCUGCAGUGGAACAGUGGCUGGAGCGGUUAUUCUUGGUGGAGUAACUAGGUUGACGGAGUCUGGCCUCUCUAUGGUAGACUGGCAUUUAAUAAAGGAGAUGAAGCCACCUACAAGCCAAGAGGAGUGGGAAGCAGAAUUCCAGAAAUACCAGCAAUUUCCAGAAUUUAAAAUCUUAAAUCAUGAUAUGACCCUGGCUGAAUUCAAGUUCAUCUGGUACAUGGAGUACUCACACCGCAUGUGGGGUCGUGUUGUAGGUCUUGCAUACAUCCUGCCUGCUGCUUACUUUUGGAGAAAGGGUUGGCUCGGUCAUGGCAUGAAAGGCCGCGUUCUUGCUCUCUGUGGCUUAGUCUGCUUCCAGGGUCUGCUAGGAUGGUAUAUGGUGAAAAGCGGAUUAGAAGAAAAACCGGAUUCCUAUGACAUCCCCCGGGUCAGUCAGUACCGCCUUGCUGCCCACCUUGGGUCAGCCCUUGUUCUGUAUUGUGCCAGCCUGUGGACCUCACUCUCCCUGCUGCUCCCUCAGCACAAGCUGCCUGAAACCCGCCAACUCCUGUGGUUGAGACGAUAUGCUGGUGGAACAGCAGGUCUAGUGUUCCUUACAGCUCUCUCAGGGGCUUUUGUGGCAGGGCUGGAUGCCGGUCUUGUUUACAACUCCUUCCCUAAAAUGGGAGAAUCCUGGAUCCCAGAGGACCUCUUUACCUUCUCCCCAAUCUUGAGGAAUGUUUUCGAGAAUCCCACCAUGGUGCAGUUUGAUCACCGGAUCCUGGGAAUCACUUGUGUCACUGCCAUUACAGCGCUUUACUUCUUGUCUCAGAGGAUCCCCCUUCCUCGAAGGACCAAGAUGGCAGCAGCGACUCUGCUAGCUUUGGCAUACACACAGGUGAUCUUGGGCAUUAGCACUCUGCUGAUGUACGUUCCAACUCCUUUGGCUGCCACUCACCAGUCGGGCUCUUUGGCUUUGCUUAGUGGUGCCCUUUGGUUUAUGAAUGAACUACGAAGAGUCCCCAAAUAAUUCUUGGAGGGUCAGCUCCCUGGGACUGAAAAUGGUUUUGAGAGCUCAUCAAAGAAGACAGAACUUGGACUUCCUAUGAGGAUGACCUUGACAUGCCUAGUGGUUUCCAAAUUGGUCAAGUUAUUUAGAACUUUUUGCCUAUUUGAGACAGUCACUAGCUCAAGAAUGUCAUGAAUUGUGGUUAUGCCAGAGAUUCCUUUUUAAAUGUUACCUUCAUGGGGCUGGGGAUUUAGCUCAGCAGUUUGGUGGCCUGCCUUACAAGCGCAAAGACCCGAGUUCAAUCCCUGGUACCAAAAAAUAAAUAAAUUAAUUAAAUAAAUGUUACCUUCAUGUUGAAAAUCAGGCAUAUUGUAUAGGAAGAAAUGUGUGCUAUAUAUUAUUUCUUAAUGGCCCUAUCUCAGUUUUCUCAGCGUUGGCGGGCUGUCGGUUAUACAAGCACGAUUUCCAUGUACUUGUGCCCCUGGGUCCUCCUCACCAGGGUCCAGCUGGUAGAGACAGUAACUGCAGAGCAGUGCCCCAGUUAAAGGUUUAAACCAUGACUAAGCACUGGCCCACUGCUAAGUUGUAGGAUGAUAAGAUCUUCUGGUUUUUUUUUUUUUUUUUUUAAGGAAGCCAAAUAUUGGAGAUUUAUGUGAAACCUCUUAAUUAAAUGUUGGCAACUAAUUUCAAGUUUUUAAAAAUGUAACAGGUUUAACAUGUCUGGGAGUCAUACAUGACCUGAGAUUGCCUGUUUGUAAUUUCUGAACUAGAUGAUCUCAGUUCCCGUUCAACUCGUGUUUUGUGAGUUUCAGUGUGACUCACACUGUACCAUUCUCAAAUGUUCUUAGCAAAACAAAGGUAGACAGUUGACUGUGAUGUUCCAAAAAUCCCAGAUCCUGAUGGGCUUAUGCUAUUGCUUAGACAUGGUUCCCAACUCCUCUCACAUUAAAAUUUUUUGGAAAUCUCAAAUCCCAAGCUUCAACCAAGACAAUUAAAUUACAACUGCAAACAAAAAUAGGCUGGAUUUUAAGUUUCCAAGUGAUACCAAUGUGCCUGUGACUUUGGGGACCACUGGUCCUACCCUUACAGCCUCGGUACCCCUUAGAAAGUUCUCACCAGCUUAGUGCCAUUCCUCCUGAAAUUCCACCCUAUUCCAUCUCACUUAAUGUGCUGUGUGGUGAUCUUGUGUGUAUGUUAACAGGAUAUUGUCUCUAGAUAACAGAAUUCCUUAAAGAAAAGGAACUGUAGUUACUGGGGCAGAAAAUCCAAAUUCUCCUUAGUUAAUAACUGAGACAGCAGAGGGCAGUAUAAUGCAAUCCAAAGAACCAUAUACUAAUGCUUUUACAGUCACUCCAGAAAAGUAGCAAUUCAUGAGUAAGUUCAAGCUUCAAUUUACUUCAUUUUUCAUUUAUUACAGUUGAAGAUAAGUUUGGAAAAACAUCUUGUAUUUAGCUAUAUAACUGCAUUAUGCAAUCCACGAGCUCCUGGUGAACAGAAAAUCUUAAUUAUUUUUGUAUGUGUUAUUCCCAGAGCCACCAGACACAUAGUAAAUACUGAAUGGAAUGACUGUAUGAAUGAAAAAUAAGCAAUUACAGAUUGAUGUUCCAAAUACCUCUUUAAAUCACAUACUUAA